AUGAAUAAUAUGAAUAAUAUGAAUAAUAAUAAUAGUAAUAAUAUAAAUAUUAAUAAUAGUAGUUCAAUUGAUGAUUCAUCAGACACACAAUCAAUAGAGGCAUCACUAUCAUUAACAUCAUUAGCAAAAACAAAUAAUGAAAUUUUAACAUCAAAUAAUAUAAAUUUAAGUUUUAAUAAUAGUAAUAAUAGUAACACUACUACCACUAUUUUACCAAUUCAACAACAAAUUAUAUCAUCACUAUCAUCAACACCGUCACCAUCAUCAUCACUUUCAUCAUCAUCAAAUAAUAUAGCUGAUCAAUGUAAAAAAUGUCAUUGUAAGAACUCAAAAUGUUUAAAAAUGUAUUGCGAAUGUUUUGCAAAUAAAAUACUUUGUAAUAACUGUCAAUGUUUUGGUUGUCAAAACAAUGAAGCAAAUAUAGAAAAGAUUGGUAAUGAUCAAAGUGUAUUAAUCGAUAAACACAGUAGAGGUUGUCAUUGUAGAAAAAGUGGAUGUUUAAAAAAAUAUUGUGAAUGUUUUCAAGCAGGUAUACCUUGUAAUGAAAAUUGUAAAUGUUAUGAUUGUAAAAAUCAAUCCCAUCACCACUCCAAUGGUAAAUCAAAUGAUAAAAAGAAUAAAAAAAAGCCUCAACAAUUUAAUAAUAUGAUGUUACCACCGCCAACAGCAACCACUACCACCACAACUACAACAACCCAUUACGACCCAGUCACUACACAUUCAGUUGACUCAUUACAACUACAACAUCACCUACAAUUUAACCAACAACAACAUUUACUUUUACAACAACAACAACAGCAGCAUCAACAACAGCAGCCACAAUAUCAUCAACAACUGCAAUCACAAACACAACCACAAAAUUUCAUUGUAAAUAAUAUUCAAAAUAAUGCAACAAAUUCAAAUAAAAAACAAAAACUCUCAAAUAAUAAUGAAAUAAUAAAUCAAGAUGAGGACUAUACUUUAAAAAAUAAGAAUUUGUUGAAAAUGUUUAAAAGUGAAUUAAAAACAAAAUCAUUUUCAGGCCAAAUUAAUUCAUUACUUUUAAAUGAAAAAAUUAAAGAUUUAUGUUUAGAGUUUUUAAAUAUAGCAAAAGAAAAUAUUAAUAAUGAAAGAGAAAAUAGUUAUAAUCAUUUAGAUAAAAAAUUUUCAAAUAUUAACAAUUUAGAUAAAAACAUUUCAUUACGUUGCGAAGAAGAAUCAUUAAAUGAAGUAAAUAAUAGUGAAAUUAAUAAUAAUAAUAAUAAUAAUAAUAAUAAUAAUAAUAGUAAUAAUUAUAUUUUUAAUUAUAAUAAUAUAAAUAACAAUAAUGAUAAAAUAAGUAAUGAUGACAGCGAAGAAAACUAUAUUAAAAAAGAAAAACAAAUUUUACAAACAUUUUCAAUUUUUUUAAAUGAUUUAAUAAAAACGAAUAACGAUAAUAAUAAUAGCAAUGUAUAA